UGCCAAUUAAGUCCUGACCAUUUUCACUUUGUGGCUGCAAUAGCUCUCCCUAUCCGGAAUAUUCCAUAAAUGAUUGGUUAGGAACAUGCCCAUGUUGUCCCUUCCCUGGCCUCACAUCAAAUACCGGCAGUAAUCUCACCUCGUAGCAGCUAGACUUUGGUCCAUGUCCCAAACUCAUCCUACUUUUCUAUGGUGGAAAUUCCUUCACAAAUCUGUACCUCAUGGCUUUUUUGUUUCAUGGAACAUCUGGAGAAACACUUGCAGUUGAGCCUCUGGACUCAUCUGCAUCAGAUUUGCAAGGAUCCACCUAGGUGCAUACUCACAGAGAGUCUCACAAGAUAAUAGGCUAUGGAACUGUUGUGUAUGCCCACUGCCAAGCUUCCUGUCACAAAAUGGCGUGGUGGACGCAGUUAUUCUUUUCGUUGUGCAGGGAUAGCCGAGCCAGCAGGUGUUCCGGCACCAAUGGGACAGAAGACACAGUAUAAAGAUGGGCUCUUUGAGAAAUUAUUCAUGUCUCUCUUUGCUCGGAAGAUGGAGAAGUUCGCGACCAGUGAAGUGUCGAAGAAAAACAAUGCUCUCUGGGAUAUGGACUACGAAAGAUUUGUGGAUGUCUCAAAGAGGGUGAUGAUAGGAAGAUCCAGAAAACAGCAGCAGGAGGUGGUGAGGGAGGUUCUCCUAUCCAUGUUGCCCCCUGGUGCUCCAGCUCAGUUCAGAAAAUUGUUUCCUCCAACAAGAUGGGCAGCUGAAUUUAAUGCUGCUUUGACAGUGCCAUUCUUUCACUGGUUAGUUGGACCAUCUGAGGUUAUUGAAGUGGAAGUCAACGGUGUGAAACAAAGAAGCGGAGUACAAAUAAAGAAGUGCAGGUACUUGGAGAACAGUGGAUGCGUUGGGAUGUGUGUGAACAUGUGCAAGUUGCCAACUCAAGAUUUUUUUACAAACGAAUUUGGGCUUCCCUUAACUAUGAAUCCAAAUUUCGAGGAUAUGAGCUGUGAAAUGGUGUAUGGUCAGGUUCCUCCUCUCUUUGAAGAAGAUGCUGUUUCAAAGCAGCCUUGCUACGCUGAUAUGUGUUCUGUGGCCAACACCAGCUCUCCAGUCUGUCCUAAACUACAAUGAAGAACAUAGAAGCCUAAAUAGAUCAGCUUUUCGUUAUCAACCUUUCAAGCUCAUUCAGUUUGUUCUGCAUAUGUUAUAAUCUUCAAAUAUCUGUUUUCAUACCUCGCGCUCGGAUGUUCUUCCGAAGAUGACGGGAUGGAAAAGCAAGCGAAACUUACUAUUCAGAAGAUAUGGAAAUCUGUUUCACCAAAACACAUUUUCCAAGUUAGGCCAUGUUAUCAAAGAUGACGAGAUGAGAUAGCAUAUUACUUUGUGUAUAUGUUCUUAUUAGGAUCUUCCUAAUCGAUACAAAAUAUGUACAAGAAUUCCGGCCAUAGAGACCAGUCACAGGUCCAUAACAAUGUUUGUGUAACCCAAUUUGUAGUGCUACCGUGCCACAAAGAACAAUUUGGAAGUGACUUGCUUUUGAGUUGUAUGAAAACAUGUCUUUAGACAUCUUAAAUAAAACAAACAUGUCGUUUGAGA